CUGCUUUGUUUUCACUGUUCAUGGUUUGGUUGUUUCCAUUUUUGCUUCGUGAGAAUGGAUCACGUUUUGAAAAUUAGUAUAUGUUUUUCAAAUCUGCACUUAAAAUGGAAACUUUUCAUAAAAAGAAGGUUAGGGUUUAAUGUUUAUUGGAAGGAAGGGGGUUGGUUACCUUUCUUGGGAAAGAAGUAUUCACCAUAGUCAUUCAAGCAAAGCUCACAUGGCUCCCUCUCUAUGAAAAUAUGACUAGUGACCAAAAUUGUUGUGGACUUGAUAAGGGAUCGAACAGUUUCUAUUUUUUUUGGCAAUCCUUCAUAAGCAUCGGCUCAAACUUUUCUUCAAGAAAUAGGAAAAAAAAAAACAAGUUUGACUGGACCAAGAUUUUGAUUUGUGGAUUAUGAGGAAGAUCAGGUGAACCUUGUGAUAUAUGUGGUGAUGUUGGUUUUGAAGAGGACAUUGCUACUUGCUUUAAGUGCAAAAUAGCUCGGGAACAUGGCUACUGCAUGCAAAAAGUGCUUUUGACAAUUCCAGAAAUUUGGUUUUGUGAGGAAUGUCAAUCGAGCAUUGGCAUAGCUUCACCAAAAUCUGUUACAGCAGAACAUGUUCCUAUGUCUUUGACAUCGAAUGCCUCUGGGACUGAGAGUAUCAGUUGGUUUGUUAAAAAUUCAAGGGGAGCAUGUAAUCUUGCUUCAACAUCAAAGGCCUUUGAGACUGUGAAUCCCAGCAGGUUUCUUAAGAAUCAAGGGAUUGCAGGUUAUGGUGGUAUGAAAAUGGCUGUUGAAACUGGAAAAGUGAAGUUCAUUUCCACUGAGGAAGCGAUUAAGAUACCAUCUGUCACUCACAAAUUGAAAAAUUCACUGAGGAAUGCAGAUUCAAUUCCUGGCCAGUCAGCUACUAUUGCAACCAUGCCUAAGAGUGGCCCAACUGGGUUUAAAGAUGCUCACUCCGUAAAGAAAGUGAAAGCAGAUCAUGAUCUUAGAGACAUAGGGCAUUCUAGAUCACAUGGAUAUUACAAUGCAGGGUUCAGUUCAUGUACUCAGCAAAAUUCAUUUCAAAUGUCAGGACAAUUUCAAGGUAAGAAAACAUCUCCGUGUAAGAAUGAGCAGCAGAAUGCCCUCAUUCCUGUUGAAAGGAUUGGAAACUCAAAUUUACCGGUAGAGAACGGUGCUGAGUCUACAGACUCACAGUCAGUUGAUGUUCUACCUAUUGUUUGCUCAGUUAAACCUGUGAGCAUGGCUAUUUUGGAGAGCAAUCUGUUGAAUAUCGGGCCCAACCUUGUGAAAUCCUUUCCAAAUUACCCUACUCCUGAUCCUACAUGGUGUGGUAGCUUUGAGAUUCUCAAUUCAGUUUCUCAUAGUGAAUUUUUUGAUGGAUUUCGGGCUCAUCCUCCUGGUAAAGUCCAUCAUAAGGCUUUAGAAUUUUCAAAGCAAAUGCCUGGAGUGCUAUUAUGUACGCUGCUACCUGGUUCUGAUGUUUGGAUGGAUGUUUUUCAUGAUGAAUGUCCAAAUAUGGAGGAUGUUGCUCUGUAUUUUUUCCCUGGUAAUUUCGAGAGGUCUAAGCAGCAGUAUAUUCACCUAUUGGGUCGCAUGGAGGCUCAAGAUCUGGUACUAAGGAGCUGCAUUGAUGGCGUAGAACUGCUGAUUUUCUCAUCUACAAGGUUGCAUGCAGAAUUAUGUGAUUCAAAACAAAAUUUCUUAUGGGGAGUAUGCCGCCGUUCAAGAAGUAUGACAUUUCCUCUGCUUCCUUUCAAUGAUAUGAAAUCUCUAGAAUGCACACAAAAUUUUGAUGUCAAGAUCAACGUUGAGAAGUAUUUACCAAAGGUCAAAACAGAGCAGUUUGAUGGCCUUGACGAUUCUCCUAUGUUUUCUAAAAAAGCUGCUGGUGGUGGUGCUGCUCUGCAGUAGUUGAGAAACUGGUCAACAAGUUUAAUGAAGGGAAUGUUGCAGGUUUUCGUUUGACAGAACUGAUGCAGAAAUAUGAGUGAAUGUCUGCUUGGGAAUUUUGCAUGCAGGACUUCAAUUGAAGCAAUUAGGAUACUUGCAGCCGAUUCUAAUUAUGACAAAAAGAAGUGUAAAUAGAUUUUUUGGACAAUUUGGAAGAACUUUGGUUGGUACUUCUAUUUAUUUUUUUAAUAA